AUGAAGCUUGUUAGGAACAAAAUCACAGGUUUUAAUUGGCAUCUUACACCCUGGAAAAGCCCCCAGGAUCCUUCUCAAGGACAUUAUGCAUAUCAACUUGGUCCUUAUGGAUACCAUGAAUUAAUUCUGAGGGAGGGUUCUGUUAUAAAAUAUCGGACUGCACCAUGGAAUGGAAUCCAAUUUGGUGGGAAGCAUAAUUUAAAUCCAACAUAUGAUUUUGUGUUGGAUAAUGAUGAUGAAGUAUAUUAUGGUUACAAGCUUCUCAACAGCUCAACUCUUUUCAGGCUGGCGUUAACUCAAGAUGGAUUUGGGCUGAGCUACAUCGAGAGUGAUGGAAACCAAGGUUGGGUCGUUUAUCUAAAUGCAACGACUGAUAUCUGUGACAAAUAUGGAAUAUGUGGUCCAAAUGGUGCAUGUAGUAUUGACAAGUGCCCAGUAUCUAGCUGCUUGGAAGGAUUUAUACCGAACUUUCAACAAGACUGGGACUUGGUGGAUUGGUCAUAUAGCUGUGUGAGAAAGAGCCAACUGAAUUGCAGCGGAGGCAUCUUUAUAAGAAGUACUCUGGGGUGA